AUGUCAAAACAAAGUGAUCAUCAUCCAGUUAGCGCCUCUCAAUUGAAGCAUCUCCGUUUUGAGGCAAUGUCUUGGAGGAGCGAUUACGAUUUCUCGAAAAAACGUCAAGCUGAAGAACGCAAACUUAUCGAUGAAAUUCGUUAUAAGCGAGCGUGCAUAGAGACAGUAUCAAAGUUCCCAGAAGAGGAAGACGUCCAACACAGAAUACAUGGCUUCGUGAGAUUCGUUAUUGAUAUUGUCAGGAACAAUCGCCUUAAUGACGAAUUUACCGAAAUUCGAGGAAGAAGACCCAUUUUUCUCGCCAACUGGGAAGCUACGCUCUACAGAAGUCCCCUGGAAAGAAUUUGUCUCGAAGUGGACCAUGAAGCCGAAAGAAUUCGAAGCACUGCCGAAAAUUUGUCCAUGGCUUAUGAAGUGUACGGCCUCCUUAUUUUGUCUGAGGGAGCAAUACUGUUUUCUCGGAAGAACUUUUUUGGUCAAGAUGAACAAGGUGUUCUGUUGGAGCCAAGCCAUACCGCCGAUUUCAUUCGGAAAGAGCUGGAAUUCCUAGAGCAAUUCAGACGUCAAGUACAGAAUGAAAUCGAAGAGGCUAAACGCCAAGAUGAAAAUGAAAAUCACUCUUCUACCUUCGAUCAAAUAAAAGAAAUGAUAAAGGACUCGAAGAAAGAUAUUCAUGUCAAGCAUAUGGAAAUCCAAACGGAAAUGGACAAUCAAAGAGAGAGCAUGAAAAAGCUAUGUGAAAAAUUCGAAAAAAUAAAAAGCAUUGCGACGAGUUCCAAAACCGAUCAAGAAGAACGAGAGCAUAUAGAGCAUUUAAAGCAUACGAAGAAGCAUUCAGAGCACGAACAGCAGAGAUCGAAACCAAAGGAAGUGAACUCCGAGGAACCGGGAGAAGACCUUCUUGACUUGGACUACGAUUAUGAAGAACCCGAGAAUCACGACGACUCGAUCAACACUCCUUCCUAUGUAUCUGACGACGACAACACAGGUCAACAAAGAUACCCCGGACAUCACAAAAAACUGGAACUGGAAUCACGCCUCACGGAAAUUAGAGAGUUCUUGAUGGAAAACCAGGGUGUGCCAGAACGAAAGAUAAGCGAGGACAACCCAAUGAGACCUCAGGAACGAUAUUUAGUUUGUUCCUUCUGCCUAGCAAAGGGACGACACUAUUCAGACAGCUGUCCUACUUAUGUCAGCGUAAAAUCCCGAAUGAAGCGAGCCCGUUGCAAACAAUGUUUGGAUAGCCGGCACAACACAGAGCAUUGUCGAAACGAAACAAGACAGUGCAUGUACUGCAGAUCGAAGAAGCAUAAUAAAGCACUCUACACAUUGCCGGAAGAGAUCCAGGAGUGCUACAAAGAAGUUGAAGAAAUCGAGCACGAACUGGACAAUUUCGAGGAAUACUACGAACCUCGAGUGCCACCUGACUAG